AUGAAUGCAAGCGACAAUCGCUUCAUAGCUUUAUUCUAUCGAAUUAUACUAUUCUGCAGUUUUUCAUCUAAAUGCUGCUCCGCAAUUUUUAACAUAACUUCAUCCCAAGCUUUAUCUCAAGGCCAAACUCUGGUCUCCUUCAACCAAGUUUUCGAGUUAGGCUUCUUUAGUCCCAAUAACUCUGCAAAUAAGUACGUGGGAAUCUGGUAUAAGCAAAUCUCACCCCUUGCAGUAGUGUGGGUGGCAAACAGAGACAACCCUCUUACAGUUGCAGACUCUCCACCACGUCUAACCAUUGGCAGCAAUGGAAAUCUUGAGCUCUUGGAUAGAAACAACAACUCUGUUUGGUCAACCAAUGUCCAAAUCCAAUCCAACAAUAGUUCAGUGGCAAUUCUUUCAGAUUACGGAAACUUAAUUCUCAAAUAUGGUACACAGUACUUAUGGGAGAGCUUUAAGCAUCCCGGGAACACAUUCUUACCAGGAGCAGAGUUGGGUUUUAAUGUCAAAACUGGGGAGAGUUUUGUCUUGACUUCAUGGAAAAGCAAUAGUGACCCUUCAGUUGGAAAAUUCACUGUUGGGAUUUCGAAAGUGAAACCACCACAAGCUGUCAUUUGGAUCAACGGAUCAACGCCACUGUGGAGAAGUGGACCAUGGGCUAAAACUAAGUUCACGGGUAUACCAGAUAUGGAUACAAGUUAUGGAAGUUUUUUCAAUAUGGUAGAAGAUACAGAAGAAGGAACGAUACUUCUCCAAUAUAAUUGGGACUACAACAACUCCGAUAUGAUGGUGGAAAAUUUAUUCAUCACAUCUAAAGAGCGCAUUGACAUGAUGCAGUUAAGUGACAAUUCAAGGGAUACCCUUCAAUUUUCAAAACAACAUGAUCCCUCCGAGCUUCCUAGUUUUGAUUUUGGCACCAUUUUACAUGUGACAAACAACUUCAGUUCAACAAACAAACUUGGGCAAGGAGGAUUUGGUUCUGUUUAUAAGGGAAAAUUGCCGGAUGGGAGGGAAAUAGCAGUUAAAAGACUGUCUAGUAGCUCAGGGCAAGGCACAGAAGAAUUCAAGAAUGAGUUGAUAUUGAUCUCAAAACUCCAACACAGAAAUCUUGUUAGGCUCUUGGGUUGCUGCAUUGAGAAAGAAGAGAAAUUACUAGUUUAUGAGUUCAUGCAAAAUAAAAGUCUGGACAAUUUCAUCUUUGAUCCAAGAGGAAGAGAACAGCUGAAUUGGGGUACUCGGGUGAACAUCAUACUAGGAGUUGCUAGAGGUCUUUUAUAUCUCCAUCGUGACUCGUCUUUAAGAGUGAUACAUAGAGAUUUAAAGGCCAGCAACAUUCUUUUAGAUGAGAAGAUGAACCCAAAGAUAUCAGACUUUGGAUUGGCUCGCAUUUUCGAAGGAACACUAGAUCUCGCAAAUACUCGAAGGGUUGUUGGAACUUUAGGCUACAUGUCUCCAGAAUAUGCCAUGGGUGGAGUCUUUUCAGAAAAAUCAGAUGUCUUUAGCUUUGGCGUAUUGAUCUUGGAGAUAGUUAGCGGCAAGAAGAACUCUAACUUCCAUUAUUAUGAGAAACCUCUUAGCCUUAUUGCUCAUGCAUGGCAAUUAUGGAGUGAUAACAGAGGAUUAGAGUUUGUGGAUGAUGCAUUGGGUGGCUCAUGUAGUGCAUCAGAAGCAAUAAGAUGCGUACAUGUUGGGCUGUUGUGCGUACAAGAUCAUACCACAGACAGACCAAGCAUGGCAGAUGUAGUUUUCAUGCUCAGCAAUGAAACAAAUCGUCCUCAACCCAUUCAACCUAUCUUUACUCUUCAAAGCUCUCCGAUAUCGCAAAAGGCUGCUACUACAAGCUCAGGGAAUGAAGCUACAAUUUCGAUGAUUGAAGGGCGGUAAAA